AUGUUUCCAUCUCUUCCAACCUUUACGCGACGGGAGGUCGGUGAACAUACAACGAUUUCUUCACUUUGGUGCAUAAUCAACAGCACAGUCUAUGACCUUACCGACUUCAUCCAAGAUCACCCUGGAGGCGAACAAAUACUCCUUAAAGUGGCUGGCCAAGAUGCCACUUCGAGCUUUCAUACUUUUCAUCGGCAGGAGGUCCUUACCUCAUAUUCUCACCUGGCUAUCGGCACCAUUACUGGCGAGGAGACCAAGAGUUUAACCUCUAACCUCGGUGACAUCAGCCCUAUCCCUUAUGCUGAGCCUCUGUGGCUUAGGCCCCAAUUCUGUUCACCCUACUACACCGAUAGUCAUCGUCGUCUCCAGCGUGCUGCCCGUAUCUUCACCGAAACGUACCUCAUUCCAGAAGCUAGCAGAUGUGAGCGUACAGGUUGCCCGCCUAGUGAAGAGCUUAUCAACCUCAUGGCGGAUCAGAAUAUUCUGCGCAUGCGCCUUGGGCCAGGAAAGCAUCUGCACGGUCAGACCAUCAUGGGUGGCGGAGUAGUUGAUGGUCGUGAAUUCAACUAUUUUCACAAGCUUAUCUUGGCGCAGGAGAUGUGCCGGCCCCUGGCGCGUGGGUUUCAUGAUACAAAUAUGGCUGGUAUGACAAUUGGAUUAUCAGUCAUUCUGAACUUUGCCCGUAAUAGUCGAUGGAAAACGAAUAUUGCGGAUCAAGUUUUUGGCGGUGUGAAAAAGCUAUGUCUUGCUAUCACGGAGGCUGGUGCUGGUUCUGAUGUGGCUGGCAUUCAGACGCGGGCCGAAAAGACACCCGACGGUAAACAUUAUAUAGUCAACGGGUCUAAGAAAUGGAUCACCAACGGCAUGUGGAGUGAUUACUUUGUCACACUGGUAAAAACUGGAAAAGGCUAUUCAGUAUUGCUGAUCCCGAGGACAGAAGGGGUAGAGACGAGGCCUAUCAAAACCUCGUACUCGAGUGCAGCGGGUACAGCCUACGUCACCUUUGAUCAAGUCAAGAUACCCUCUGAGAACCUCAUUGGCGAGGAAAACGAUGGUUUACGAAUUAUCAUAAGUAAUUUCAACCAAGAACGAUGGGCAAUGGCGUGUAGCACUAUCACUCAGUGCCGAGCUGUGGUGGAAGAAUGCUUGAAAUGGUCCAAUCAGCGCCAGAUCGCUGGCAAACGACUCAAUGAACAACCGGUUGUUCGUCAAAAAUUGGCUAAGAUGAUAUCACAUGUCGAGGGGGCCCAAGCCUGGCUGGAAUCAAUAACCUUUCAAAUGUGCAACAUGUCUCUGAGAGAUCAGACGAUACACCUUGCCGGUCCCAUCGCACUGCUCAAGCGGACAUCGACACGCAUGGCGCAAAAGAUAGCCGAUGAGGCCGUACAGAUAUGGGGUGGCCGAAGUCUAACACAGACAGGCAUGGGCCGAUACAUCAAUGAUUUUUACCAAACACAUAAAUUCGAUGCCAUUCUUGGUGGAUCGGAGGAGGUAUUGGCUGAGGUUGCCAUGAAGUUGGCUCUAAAGGGAUUUCCCAGGUCAAUGCUAUAG